AUGGCAAAAGAGGGGAAGCAAGACGACGGUCGCAGUCAAGACGAAGAUCUCGGGCCCAAAUUGACAGGGCAGAAAGGCAAAAAUCAUCCGCGGUCAGGGGCACGGUGCCUGGGACCCCUUAGACGGGCGCGGUUCCAAGUCUCUCUACCUUUCGUUUUUGUUCUUAUCCAACCUUGCUUCUGGCCUUCAGUCCAUUCAUUCUUUGACAUUCCGGCGAUAGGGCGCUCACCCUCCUUCAUCCUAGCGCUAGUCUCCACUUAUUACCCAAUGCUAUCUGCCUCUAUGACGAGUCCUGCGCCUUUCCGCUUAAUACACAAAGGAAUACGCUCCCUCGACCGUGUAGCCAUCGCCAUGGCUAUCAUGGACCAAAUGGGCUUCACCCCCUUCCGCCGGGACGAAAUCCUCCAGCCUCGAGAUUUCAGAACUACAUUCUCCACGUGGGAAAAUUGCAUGGCCAAGGCCUACUGCAAAUGGCCCGUCGUCAUCGGCAUUGCCAUUGGCAGCAUCAUCCUGAUUGGUGUCAUCUGGGGUAUAAUCGCCUGCGCCUGCUGCGGCUACACCUGCUGCAAGGGAUGUUGUGCAUGCUGUAGCUGCUGCUGCCCUUCCAGAGACAAGUCGCACAACCGCACCAAGUUCGCCGAUGAGCCCUCCGCCUACAAUGCUCGAAACCGACGUCACUCUACGGGCUACCAGCGGCCCCCCUCGCCCCCCGUCUACGACUCCCACCAUUCCACUCCAGCCAAAUUCGCCCAAUUCGACACAGUUCAUCCCCGUUCGAAGUCCAACGAUGACGCCCUCCCACAAAUGCCAACCUGGGAUUCGGCCAAAACCCGCCGUGUCGAAGAAGUGUCCCCGCCGAGCGACGUGGAAAUGAACCGCCUGGACCCUGCCACGGGCCAGAACUUCAAACCCCAGAGCUUCAGCCGUCCCGUACGCUACAACAACAACACUAACAGCGGCGGUAAUAGUUACUCCGACAGAACCCCGACGUCCUCCGCCUAUUCUCCCAACCUUCGACGGCUACCGCGGCCCAGAAGCUACUACUCACCAGUCCCGCUCCCCUUCCCCCAGGAAGCCCUUUCCGGUCAUGGCUGA